AAUAUGGUUGGCUUCUUAAAGAAGAUCACCUUUGAAUAAGUUAAUCUGUUAGUAUUGCGCAUAUGUAUGCUCACCAAGUUUUUUUCAUUGAAGUGAGAACGGCAACAAAAUUACCAACAACUUCCCAAUGACAUCAGUCUCUGACCAAUGCUCAACCAGUUCUAAAUAUAGGGACAAAAUAAUACUCAGCACGCGUUGUUUAUAGAAUAAUAAAUAUAUACAAAAUCGCCCUAUUUGGAAAGGAAUAUUUCAAUUAAUUUGAGAAAGCGAUUGAGUUCAUCAUGGAGUACUCCACUAUCAAGUACACUGUGAUUGGGUUUGCAAUAAUCUUGGGAGUAUUUCAAUACUCUGAUGGGCAGAAGGAUCACGGGGAAGCAUGCAGCUUACGGUCACAAAUUGCCGACUUUUUUCGAUCGAGCAAUUCCUCAAAAGGCUGCAUUUCUGAAAAAGGUCUCGUUUGUGUGAACCAUAAAUGCACCUGCAUGGAUCCGAGUAAUGUUUAUGAAGUUCCAGAACCCACUGAGUCAGGGUCGAUGGGUUCGGAUAUUUCAUCCGCAGCCUCGGCAGCUUCCUCCUUUAUCAAGAAUUUGAUUAGGGGAUCAACUACCACAACGACCACAACGACGACGCCGUCAACCCCCACAUCGGGGGCGGUAAUUAGUGGGGGAAAAUGUGUGGGUCGUGCAGGAAGUCCUUGUUUCAGACAAAACAGCACUUGCGUCAAACACGCCGUUUGCGAAGGGUCACCACGCAUUUGCAAAUGCCAAGGAAUCUACGGUUCAAAUGGGUCCGGUUAUUGUUCAAAAACAGCAAACGUUGUGAGCCAAGUUAUCAAAAGUACAGUGGGUUAAACAUAAAUAAUUUUCACAGCUCGAGGAAAUUACGAAUAUUUGUCUAUAUCAAACAAAUUAAACGAAAUAAAAAUGUCUCAAAUAAUGAUAA